AUUCAAGAAUUAUCAUUAAAUGCUUCUAAAAAAAAUCUCUUUAAAAUUAAAUAAUUACCAUGACCGCUUUAUAAGUUCGAUCGCAUAUGAGAACAGUUAUAUUAAAUAUUUAUAUAUAGUUUUGUGGUGAACAAAUCUCGAUAGAAUAUUUAAUCUAGUGAUUGUUAAGCUCAGAUAAGCUUGUACUCUGUCUUUAGCUGUAAACUUUUGGCUUAUGAAUGGCUUUAAAGCUUCAGGGCAGUAAAGCAUAAUUAACCUUCUUUGAUUUGCAUUUUCUGCUACAAUCCCUGAGCACACCAAACAUGGGAAAGAAACUAAAAGCUUUUCUGGGAAAAACAUUCAAGACCUCCAAAUUUAGAAUCCUCACCAAAAUUGCUAUCUCAAGGAUUGCUUACCUUGAGAAACAGCACAAAGUCAGGUAUUCUCAAGCUCGUGCUGACGUUCUUGAGCUGCUCAAUAUCGGUCAGCGAGAACGAGCUCUUCUUCGUGCUGAACAUGUGAUUAGGGAGCAGAACGUGUUGGAUGCUUAUGCUAUGAUAGAAAAUUACUUCCACCUCCUGAUGGAAAGGGUGGUGAUUCUUGAAAAAAAUAAAAAAUGUCCUGAGGAACUCAAGGAAGCGAUUUCAAGCCUGAUAUUUGCAGCAUCGAGAUGUGGAGAACUGCCAGAGCUGCAAAAAAUUCGUAAGUUGUUUGCAUCAAGAUUUGGGAAGGAAUUUGCUACUUGUGCUGUUGAAUUACGCAACAACUGUGGAGUGAAUCCUAAGAUUGUAAAGAAACUGGCUACCCGGCAACCAAGUCUAGAUAGCAAAUUGAAAGCGCUGAAUGAAAUUAAUCCGGCAAAUGAAAUCAACCUGCAGGCAGAGGGAAGUGCAUCUACAGUCACUGAAGAGAAGCUGGAAAAACAGCCUGAAUAUAUUGAAUCAGGAGAAUCAUCAGCUGAUCCUCAACUCCAUGAUGAUAUGCGAGAUUUUCCUGUGAAGCAACAGCAGGAUGAGAACUUCUCUGAAACGGCAAAAGUAAGAGAGAAGUACAAAGACACUGAAGCUGCAGCCGAAGCAGCUUUUCAAUUUGCAUCUCAAGCAGCAGCUGCUGCUAGAGCCGCUGUGAAGCUGUCAAAGACUCAGGAUGGAAAUUCUGAUGAAUCCCAAAACAGUUCCAAUCAUGAAAGGUAUCCUUUCCAUUUUGAUGAAUCUCUCUUGAUCUCUGAACUUCGUGUUGAUGGGAAAGCAGCUACAAAGGAGAAGAACCAAAAGAAGGAAGUAGAAUUGGAGAGAGGCGUUGUCAGGAAUGAUGAUGAAGCUAAAAAGAAACAGAUCAAUGAAACAGUAGCGUUAAAACAUUACUCCGGUGAGAAGUCUAUCCUGAGAACAAAAUCUGACACCGAUGGAGAUUUAUCCAACGAGAAUAAAGAUGAAUUUACCUGCAAACCUCCAAACGACAACCUGCUUAUACAAGCUGAUUCUACGAAAGGAAAAUCAGAAUUGGAAGGUGCACAGCAAAAAGAUUCUGUAGAGGAAAUGGCUACAAGAGUUUCAAAGGCAGGGAGGAGGCCAUUUUCCAUGAGGACCAGAAGAGUGGAUAGGAAUUAAGACUAGGAAAGAAGUGUUUGCAUGAUUGUGUGAUUGUUUACUCCUAUGCAGCAAGACCUUCUCUUUUCUUGUUAUUUUGUGGAGUGAUUGUAUUUGCAAUUUCUUGGAUAAGGAUUUUGUUUUAUCCCUUUUUGUAUAAAAUAUAUAUGUCUGUGAGAGAGGUUUCGAACUACUAAUAACUAAAUAUUAUAAAGUGUAAAUACCUAUCUAGAAAAUGCAUAGUAUAAUUCAUGAUUAUUUGUGUUGGUUUUUGGAGCAGAGGAA